AUGGACACGAGCCCAACGAGCACUUCGCCCGGCCAUGGGCCUUCGAACCUGGGUGCGACGGCCCAGUCCCAGCUGAAUAACACCUCCGCGCCAGUAUCUACCCCACAGUCGACUGCGUCCCGGUCGUCGACGGCAAAGGCCGGAGCUCGUCAGAUUACCCGAAACCGCGCCAGCUACAGCUGCCAUACUUGUCGGAGGCGGAAGGUGAAAUGCGACAAGGUGCAUCCUAUCUGCGGAAAUUGCGUGAAGAACGGAACCGAAUGUAUCUACGAUGCUGCGCCGCAGAAAGACACCGGGUCGCGCAACGGUCAAACAGCAGGUGGGCACGGUAUUAAGCGACGGAGGGAAUCUUCGCGACCGCUGGAUGAGGAUAUUGACGAUAUUGGGUCGCUCUACGGGCAUCUGAGGCAGGCUGGGUCUCCUGAGCAGAAGUACGGGUCGCAGGCGAUCGAAGCGCGGUUGGAUAAACUCACGUCGAUGAUUGAGCGGCUCAGCAAGACUAAUGGACCUUUGGAUGCGGAACAACGGCUUUUACUGGCUCAGAAUGUCAAUGCUGAAGUUGGGAAGGGUGAAGCUCGACCGGGGAAUGGCGCGCCUGUGAAGAGCGCGGGCGCGUCUCGUCCAGGUAGCCCCCGUCGCACGGAUUCGAAUGAUGAGUUUCCAAUUCCUGCGGGUCUUGCUACAGACUUGGUGGAUCCGAUUGGUAGUUUGAAUCUGGGUCAUCUGAGCUUGGAGGAUGGGGGUAGGUCGAGGUACGUCACAUGUUCUUUACUUGCGAAGAGGUGGAGCUGA